CAAGGUUAAGCAGUUGGUAAGCAAAAAAAUAAAUUCAUAAAUGAAGACGACGACAAAGGCAACCGAGUCAUCAUGAAUUUAUAUAACUCGGAAUAUGAUGAAGACAUCGUUGAACAGUAGACAAGGCGGUAGUUGUUGAGGACGAGUGUUUGAUUGUUUAUUCUUUCGGCGUCUUUAAUUUAAUCUUCAAGUGGACUUUUGAUUAAUCAAAGUUGCAGAAAUUUUGGGUACAAUGAUGGUCGAGUUGACCACUUAAACACGGUGGCAAUUUGCUUGCAGAAAUCCUUUCACUGAAGAACAAAAAACAGUGGAUUUUAAGGUUGAAGAUGAAGGCGUUUUCAUACUUGUUAUUCUUCUGGGUUGUUUUGUUUUGGUUCACCAAAUUCAUUGAAGCCCAGAACGCCACCACCGAUCCUUCUGAAGUGAGGGCGUUGAACUCGAUCUUCCAACAAUGGAAUACACAAGCAGUGAAUUCAUGGAACAUCAGUGGAGAGCCAUGCAGUGGGUCUGCUCGCAACCAUAGUGAUGCUGUGUUUCAGGAUCCUGCCAAUAACCCUACUAUCAGAUGUGAUUGUUCUUUCAACGGUGGCACUGUUUGCCACAUUACUCGAAUGAGGGUAUUUGCUCUAAAUAUACAGGGGGUGAUACUAGAGGAGAUCUUAGGUUUGCCUUUUCUGACAGAAUUGACGAUUGAUAAGAACUUCUUCUCUGGUCCUUUGCCAGCAUUCAUUGGAAAUAUGUCCAGAUUAGAGACACUGUCAAUUGCCCAAAAUGUUCUAUCUGGACCCAUUCCCAAGGAGCUUGGAAAUCUCAAGAAUUUAUCUCUGCUGUCUAUGAGUAAUAAUAAUUUCUCUGGAACACUGCCUCCUGAGCUUGGUAAUUUAGCUAACCUUGAAAAACUAUACAUUAACAGUUGUGGAUUCAGUGGUGAGAUUCCCUCAACAUUUGCUAACAUUGAACGACUGCAACUUGUGUGGGCAUCGGACAAUGCAUUCACAGGCACAAUACCAGAUUUUGUUGGCAAUAACUGGACAAGGCUUAGUUCAUUGAGAUUUGAAGGGAAUUCUUUUGAUGGUCCAAUACCAUCCAGCCUUGCAAAUCUAACCUCAUUGUCUUCUUUGCGAAUCGGCGAUAUAUACAACAGGAGUUCUUCUCUUGAUUUCAUAAGAAACCUGAAGAACUUGACUGAAUUGGUUCUAAGAAAUGUCAUGCUCAAUGGUAUUUUUCCAUCUUACAUCACGGAAUUACAGUCUUUAGAAAAGCUAGAUUUGAGCUUCAACAACUUAACAGGCCAAAUUCCAAGCGGUUUAUUCACUAUGAAUUCUCUCGAAUACCUGUUUCUUGGAAAUAACAGCCUAUCAGGUUCCAUUCCAAGCCAAAAGAGUGAAGCUCUUCAGACUAUAGAUUUAUCAUACAAUUUACUGUCAGGAAACUUGCCUUCUUGGGUAAAUCCAAGCUUACAACUGAACCUUGUGGCCAACAAUUUCACACUUAACAACUCAAACAUAGGGCUUUUUCCAGGAUUAGAAUGCCUUCAAAGAAGCUUUCCAUGCUCCAGAAAUGCUCUACAAUAUACAAACUUCUCGAUUAAGUGCGGUGGAGCAGCGAUGAUAUCUGAUGGGAUAUUAUUUGAGGCUGAUGAUAGCAGACUAGGCGCAGCAGCAUUUAACAUGACCAGUACACGGAAAUGGGCAGUUAGCAAUGUAGGCUUGUUUGCAGAUAGAAAGAAUCAACAAUAUGUCGAGAACACCAGAGGACAAGUGAGAGGUACCAACACUCCGGCGCUGUAUCAGACUUCAAGGCUGUCCCCUGGAUCACUCAGAUACUAUGGCCUUGGCCUUGAGACUGGACUCUAUACCAUAAGGUUGUUCUUUGCAGAAACGGGUUUCCACGACCGAAACUCACAGUCCUGGGAUAGUCUAGGAAGGCGUGUUUUUGAUGUUUAUAUUCAGGGAACUCGGCGAUUAAGGGAUUUUGAUAUAUCAAAGGAGGCAGGUGGUGUUUUGAGAGCAAUAACUAGGAAUUUCACUAUUAAUGUAACAGAUAACCAUCUUGAAAUUCACUUGUUUUGGGCCGGUAAGGGGACUUCCGACACACCGGAAGAGGGUUAUUAUGGUUCGUCCAUUUCAGCUAUUAGUGUUGUUCCAAAUUUCAGAGUCAAUGGGACACCGUCAGGCGAUCCUAGUACGAACCACACGGAAUUGAUUGCUGGUGUUACGGUUUCUGUUGCGGCUUUGGCUUUGAUACUUAUAGUUGCAAUUAUUUAUGUGAAGAGAAAAAGAGAAGAUGAGGAGGAGGAAUUGCUUCUUGGCAUCAGUCCUAGGCCAAACACAUUUAAUUAUUCCGAGUUAAAAGCCGCCACCAAAGACUUCAGCCCUUCGAACAAGUUAGGAGAAGGAGGGUUCGGACCUGUGUACAAGUAUAUGCUUCAGGGUAUACUUUCGGAUGGGAGAAUCAUAGCUGUGAAACAACUUUCAGUAGCAUCAAACCAGGGGAAAGAACAAUUUGUUACCGAGAUCGCUACCAUAUCAGGCGUGCAACAUCGUAAUCUUGUCAAAUUACAUGGGUGCUGCAUCGGAGGGAAUCGGCGCCUUCUUGUUUACGAGUAUCUUGUGAACAAAAGCCUUGAUCAGGCACUCUGGGGAAAAAAUAAACUGCAUCUUGAUUGGACGACUCGAUUCAAUAUCUGCUUAUCAACUGCAAGAGGAUUAGCUUAUCUUCAUGAGGAAUCUAGUCCAAGGAUUGUUCAUAGGGAUGUCAAGGCAAGUAAUAUAUUGCUUGAUGGAGAGCUCAUCCCAAAGAUAUCUGAUUUCGGAUUGGCAAAGCUUUACGAUGACAAGAAAACGCACAUCACCAGUUGCGCUGCUGGAACGAUUGGCUAUCUGGCACCGGAGUAUGCAAUGCGCGGACACCUUUCAGAGAAAGUAGAUGUUUUCGGCUUUGGUGUUGUUGCUUUGGAGAUAUUAAGCAGUCGACCGAACUCUGACAAUAGAUUAAAAGAAGACAGAAUCUAUCUUCUUGAAUGGGUGUGGACCCUGUAUGAAAAAAACCAACUCUUGAGCCUGCUUGAUCCAACAUUAUCGAAGUUCGACGAAUACCAAGCUCUCCGAGUGAUAGGGGUUGCACUUUUAUGCACUCAGACAUCACCGUCUAUGAGGCCGUCCAUGUCUCGUGUCGUUGCUAUGCUCGUUGGAGAUAUUGAAGUGAGCACUGUUAAAACAAAACCAAGUUAUUUAACUUACGGUGAUUAUGAUGAUAUAACAGGCAGCACCUUCACGAAUGAAGAAUCUCAGACAUCCAUUGUAUCCGAUUCCGGCAGAUGUGGAAAGGAGUAAGAACACUAUUUAAGGGCCGGAAAAUUGACCAACAAACGCUCGAAAGUUUUAUAUUGCUGAAUUCAAAGGGGAAGGAAGGUGACAAUUGUUUGUUCCAUUCCUGCAAUAGUACCAUACCAGAUUGUCUUUAGAGAAACAUAGAAUUUAUGAUGUUUCUUCCAACUCUGCGUACGUUGUGAUAUAGAUCGAGUUGUCUUGUAAUAUACGUAUGACAUAAUUAUGAAAUUCAGACAAA